UAGUGGAUCCACCUGUCACUGGAGACUUUGGAUCAAUAUGAAGAACUGCUCCGGUUACUUUGUGUAUCGGCUGUGGCCGACAGCCUGGAGUAACGCUGUGUUCUGUACAGAACCUCUGUCGGACACAACUCAGGAACGCCAGGGAUCGGUGACCGGAGAGCCUGGUCCAGGGUUGACCACCAGCCCAGCAGGGUCUGUGAGCUCAGUCACAGACUCCGCACUCGGUGAUCCGUGUGGAACCCGCACCAUCCUGGAUCAGCCCUGGAGGAGCACGGAUUGUUCCCACACUGAGUGUACCCAUGGACAAUGGAUGAGUGAUGGACAUCUUGAAGUGGGAUGGUACAGAUUUAACAGUUCCGGAGGAUGGAAGAUUCCCGAGACGGUCGUACCACAGUAUCACUGCUCCGGGGUGUACCCAGGCUGGUUAAACGGUCCCCAUCCCAGCGUGGGAGAGGGGGAGGUGACCAGGACCGUCUGCUUCACUGUGAGUGAAAACACCUGUUACUGGAGACGGGAGAUCGGGUUGAAAAACUGCUCCGGUUACUUUGUGUAUCGGCUGUGGCCGACACCCGUGGGUACCGCUGUGUACUGUACAGACCUGGAGUUUUCUACACUGGAACAGUCUACAGGAUUGACUACUACAGAGCACACCCAGGAACUGUCCUCUGUCCCAGCGGGAGACACAUCCUCAGACCUGGAGGCUUCCACAAUGGAUCAAUCCAAUGGAUCAUCUACAGGUCAACCCACCGCAUCACCAUCCUCUACCUCAGCGGGAGAGAGAUCCUCAGGAGUUCGCAUGUGGAUUAACGUGCAGCUGACAUCGAGUGGAAACGUGAGUGAGGAUGAAGUGUGGAAAGCCAUUCGACGAAAGCUCCAGGAGAUGUUCGGUGAUCCAAAUCUUCAGAUCAAGCUUGCACGGUUCAGGGCAGAACCUCCGGAGGAGUGAGGGAGUGAUCUGUCAACGAGUGAAGGAGUCUGCAGUUCCAUCUCCCUGACGCUUUACACCCUCUCCCUUACUCCAGCCUGCCUUUAGACAAGUAUACGGCUCACAGAGGGUUAAUCCCAGGAGAGCCUAAGAUGUUGCUACACUCUGCUGAUUCCCCAGUGUGCCGCAGCCUGCGAGCUUUUAGUUGAUCACAUUGUGAAGUACGAUCCCAUUGAGUAGUGACGCCAGAAGCCCAGAACUGAGAGUGAGCACACAGACCCGGCCUGUUCCAGGAGGAGCAGAUCCUCCGAAUGAUGAGAUCAAUCACAGAACAUCCCGGGUACGGUCCCCGUAAACACCGACACCCCUCACUACAGGACCGGGUCGGUGUGAGACGUCACACACCUUCCACAGUGUACGGUCCGUAAACACCGACACCACUCACUACAGGACUGGGUCGAUGUGAGACGUCACACACCUUCCACAGUGUACGGUCCGUAAACACCGACACCCCUCACUACAGGACCAGGUCGGUGUGAGACACACACACCUUCCACAGUGUACGGUCCGUAAACACCGACACCCCUCACUACAGGACUGGGUCGGUGUGAGACGUCACACACCUUCCACAGUGUAUGGUCCGUAAACACCGACACCCCUCACUACAGGACUGGGUCAGUGUGAAACACACAUGUGGGUUUACAAUAAAAUGGGAAAAUUAGCUGAUGCUGGGCUUCAUUGCAUAAAUAUAUCAUCAAUAAUUUGUUGUAACUGAUUGAACUGAACUUAUGUGUGAAAUAAUGAAUCGAUUUUUGAUAAAACUGCAGAACCGUGAAGACAUCAUGGUCUGUGGAUGUAGUGAGGAAGAUCCCUGAUCUCCAGAGGUACUGAGGAAAGUAUCCUGUGCACCUUUGCAGACAUCUGUGUACACUCGCAGAGCACAGGACAAUCCUGCACAUUCCCACCCGAUCAGCACGACACCCGACACAUCCAUCUGACACCCUCCCGAUCUCCAUCUCGCACUCCGACACUCCCUCUAAUGCUCUCUUGGUCUCCAUCUCUCCCUCAGACACACUGUAAUUCUCCAUCUCCCUCUGAUGCACUUUUCUUUCUCCAUCUCUCUCGCUAACACACUCUUGUUCUCCACCCCUCCCUCUGACACACUCUCAUUCCCUACCUCCCUUGCUCUCUGACUCCACCUCUCUCUCUCUCUCUCUUCUCUCUGAUACUGUUUUAUUCCAUCUCUCGCUCUCUCUGAUACACUCUCAUUUCCAUUUCUGACAUCGAGCAAGUCAGUCGAUCUCUA